CAGCGCCGGCGGGGGUGGGCGGGCGCGCCGGGUGGCAGGUGUCAGCGGCGUCUGCAUUCGGCGGCGAUGGAGCGGCCCCGGGGAGCUGCGGACGGCCUUUUGCGCUGGCCCCUUGGCCUCCUCCUGCUCCUGCAGCUGCUGCCGCCAGCCGCCGUCGGCCAGGACCGGCUGGACGCGCCGCCGCCUCCCGCGCCUCCUCUGCUGCGCUGGGCCGGUCCGGUCGGGGGUGAGCUGGGGCUGCGCGCCGCCGCGCCCGGGGGCCCCGUCCCCCGCGCUGGCCGUUGGCGCCGCGGCGCGCCUGCUGAGGAUCAGGACUGCGGCCGCCUCCCGGACUUCAUCGCCAAGCUGACCAACAAUACUCACCAGCAUGUCUUUGAUGACCUCAGUGGCUCAGUGUCCUUGUCCUGGGUUGGAGACAGCACUGGGGUUAUUCUCGUCCUGACUACUUUCCAAGUGCCACUGGUAAUUGUGAGUUUUGGACAGUCCAAGUUAUAUCGCAGUGAGGAUUACGGAAAGAAUUUUAAGGACAUUACGAAUCUCAUCAAUAACACCUUCAUUCGGACGGAGUUCGGCAUGGCUAUUGGUCCCGAGAACUCUGGAAAGGUGAUAUUAACAGCAGAGGUGUCUGGGGGAAGCCGAGGAGGAAGAGUGUUCAGGUCAUCAGACUUUGCCAAGAACUUUGUACAGACAGACCUCCCCUUUCAUCCUCUGACUCAGAUGAUGUACAGCCCUCAGAAUUCUGAUUACCUGUUAGCUCUCAGCACUGAAAAUGGCCUGUGGGUGUCCAAGAAUUUUGGGGAAAAAUGGGAAGAAAUCCACAAAGCAGUAUGUUUGGCCAAAUGGGGACCAAACAACAUCAUCUUCUUUACUACCCAUGUGAAUGGCUCCUGCAAAGCUGAUCUUGGUGCCCUGGAAUUAUGGAGAACGUCCGACUUGGGGAAAACCUUCAAAACCAUUGGUGUGAAAAUCUACUCAUUUGGUCUUGGGGGCCGUUUCCUCUUCGCCUCUGUGAUGGCUGAUAAGGAUACAACAAGAAGGAUCCACGUGUCAACAGACCAAGGGGACACAUGGAGCAUGGCACAGCUUCCCUCUGUGGGACAGGAGCAAUUCUAUUCUAUUCUGGCAGCCAACGAUGACAUGGUGUUCAUGCAUGUAGAUGAACCUGGAGAUACUGGAUUUGGUACAAUCUUUACCUCUGAUGACCGAGGCAUUGUCUACUCUAAGUCUCUGGACAGACAUCUCUAUACCACCACAGGCGGGGAGACCGACUUUACCAACGUGACGUCCCUCCGUGGAGUCUAUAUAACAAGCACGCUCUCAGAAGAUAAUUCCAUUCAGAGCAUGAUCACUUUUGACCAGGGAGGACGGUGGGAGCAUCUGCAGAAGCCGGAGAACAGCAAGUGCGAUGCUACCGCAAAGAACAAGAAUGAGUGCAGCCUUCAUAUCCAUGCUUCUUACAGCAUCUCCCAGAAGCUAAAUGUUCCAAUGGCCCCACUCUCCGAGCCCAAUGCCGUGGGCAUAGUCAUCGCUCACGGUAGUGUGGGAGACGCCAUCUCGGUGAUGGUCCCAGACGUGUACAUCUCAGAUGAUGGGGGUUACUCCUGGGCAAAGAUGCUAGAAGGACCGCAUUAUUACACCAUCCUGGACUCUGGAGGCAUCAUCGUGGCCAUUGAACACAGCAACCGUCCUAUCAAUGUGAUUAAGUUCUCCACAGAUGAAGGCCAGUGCUGGCAGAGCUAUGUGUUCACUCAGGAGCCCAUCUACUUCACCGGGCUGGCUUCCGAGCCGGGAGCCAGGUCCAUGAACAUCAGCAUCUGGGGAUUCACAGAGUCUUUCAUUACCCGCCAGUGGGUCUCCUACACAAUUGAUUUCAAAGACAUCCUUGAGCGCAACUGUGAAGAGAAUGACUAUACCACGUGGCUGGCACACUCCACAGACCCCGGAGAUUACAAAGAUGGCUGCAUUUUGGGCUAUAAAGAGCAGUUCCUACGGCUACGGAAGUCAUCCGUCUGUCAGAAUGGUCGAGACUAUGUUGUGGCCAAGCAGCCAUCCAUCUGUCCCUGUUCCCUGGAGGACUUCCUCUGUGACUUUGGCUACUUCCGUCCAGAGAAUGCCUCAGAGUGUGUGGAGCAGCCGGAACUGAAGGGUCAUGAGUUAGAGUUCUGUCUGUAUGGCAAAGAGGAGCACCUGACCACAAAUGGGUACCGGAAAAUCCCAGGAGACAGAUGCCAAGGGGGAAUGAAUCCGGCCCGAGAAGUAAAGGACUUGAAGAAGAAAUGCACAAGCAACUUCUUAAACCCCAAGAAGCAGGACUCCCGCCCACAGGGACACAGCUUGUCCCAGAAUCCAGCUGCGCCUCCUCUUGGAUACACUGAAAACACACACUUCCUAUCUCCUACCCAGACGCAGAAUUCCAAGUCGAGUUCUGUCCCUAUCAUCCUGGCCAUCGUGGGACUGAUGCUUGUCACUGUCGUAGCGGGAGUCCUCAUUGUGAAGAAGUAUGUCUGUGGCGGAAGGUUCCUGGUGCACCGGUACUCGGUGCUUCAGCAGCACGCAGAGGCUGACGGGGUAGAGGCUUUGGAUACGGCCUCCCACGCUAAAAGCGGUUAUCACGAUGAUUCAGACGAGGACCUCCUGGAAUAGCUCUUCUGAGGAGCUGGGACUGAAUGUGCAUGGAGCCACAGUACCUCCUACACUCCCUGAGGCUCUGACUUGGGGAAAUAAAUCCCCCACUGCGUCGGCCCCAGCUCUCUUUCUGCCGCUUCCACCCACGCCCAAAGGACCUACACUAAAGAAAGCAGGGUGGGGGUGGGGACCCCAACUGAUCUCAGUUGGCUCUGAAAAGAGGGGGGCAAUUUUAAAUUCUUUAACAUUUUUGUUUCAAUUUCUGUCUUUUGUAAAAGUGUGGGCUUUAGGCUUCUCUCGGUUUGUUUUGUAUGUUAAGGGACAUGACUUGGGAUUCAAAGGGAUUGCUUCGCUGCCCCCACUCUUGUGUGUCCUGUCUGGUGCCCGCCCCAGGGCAUCUGCCAACUCCACCAUCAACUCAACUCCCACAUCUUACCUGGUGCUGUCCCUGGGCUCUGCUGGUCAUGCGAAGCCACCUCAGAGAAGGAAACAGAGGGUGCAGUGACUGGCGCCGCCUGGCCAGCUUCCCCCCAUCCGUGGACAGUCCUGUUCAAAGAGACCGUGCCCCAGUGCACCAGCCCUGCUGCGGCGUCCUCACCCCCACCCCACCCCCAACCACGACUCUAAGGCACAGUGACUUUUCUUUUCCCGUUUAAUUAGGCAAUACCCUUGUUAAUUGCCCUUUGGCAACUAACUUAAUCAUGUGCUUCCAACACACUAAAUAGGGAAAACUUACAGGGCAAUAUUUUUCUUGUGGCAAGAAGGAAGGAGGGACAGAAUUGACUAGAUCUAACACCUAUUAAAGACAAAACUGGCUGCUUCCAA